AUGGACGUGGUAAAGGCGGCGCAGCUGUCGGGGCGGACGCUGGAGAAGGUGAUGGUGCACCCGCUGGUGCUGCUCAGCAUCAUCGACCACUACAACCGCGUCGCCCGUGACACCAGGAAGCGCGUCGUUAGCGUGCUCCUUGGCACCUCCUCCCGCGGCUUCAUCGACGUCACCAACUCCUACGCCGUGCUGUUUGAGGAGGAUGACAAGGACCCAAGGAUCUGGUUCCUCGACCAUAAUUACCAUGAGUCUAUGUUCUCCAUGUUCAAGAGGAUCAACGCCAAGGAGCAGAUGUUGAUGCUGCUGCCGCCGUCUAUCAGGACUCAGGAGAAGCGAGCAGCUUGCCUGUCCGUGGCAAAGGUGGCGUCCAAAACCAGGGCAUAG